AUGGACAAACCGAAUCUUGUCGUCUCUUCCUCAUGGUGUCAAGGUGGAAGACCAUCUAUGGAAGAUAAAUUGUGUUUAGAUGUUCAACGAACCGAAUCAGGGAAGUUGAAAUAUGCGCUUUUGGGUGUAUUUGAUGGGCAUGGAGGGGCAUGUGCUGCUGACUGUGCAGCAGAAAUUUUUCCUGAGCAACUAAAACAGAAGCUUUCUGAACAUUCCUGCCCAAAGAAAGCUAUGAUCGAAGCUUUCAAGGCUACAAAUGAUCUGAUGUAUCAGAAUUCAAAGCAUUGGAAACCGUUGUCUAGAUUGAACUGCCCCAGCCUAGCUGGUACCACUGCCACUGUUGCUCUCAUUUGUGGCGAUACUCUCACAAUCGCUAAUUGUGGGGAUUCAGUAGCAGUUCUUGGCAUAAAAAAUCAAUAUAGCUUCGGUGAUUGUGGCUGGUACCCCGUCGGAAUUCGUGGCUCUGUUGUACAUUCCAUCAAAGGAGAUGAGAAAAAGCGGAUUAAGAGAAUGGGUGGAACUAUUUCGGACUCUUUAUCAGACACAAGAAUCGUUUACGAUGGAUGUGUCAACCAUUGUUGGGUAGACAGACAGAGAUGUUCUCAUAAGCGAAUGUUUCGCCCAAUACUGAAUAUGAGUCGUGCUUUAGGAGACUUUUGGUCUUACAAUGCGGAUGUUGGUGAUUAUGUCAUAUCUUGUGUUCCUCAUGUGGCAUCUUAUAGCUUACAAGAUGAUUCUAUAUUCGGAUUGUGUCUGCACACUGAUGGAGUUCAAAUGAGCCCUUGCGCUAUUGCAAGGUGUUUAGCAGGUGAUAACGCUGAAGAGAAAGAGAACUUGGCACGAAUUCCAAAAAGCGGGUGUUUAGCAGAAGAAAUUCUUAACAAUUCAAUGAAGUCAGUUAUUGACUUAUCGAAAACUGAUAAUGCUACUGUGAUCACUGUUUUGUUCGAUUCUUUGUUAGGAUGCGAAGUUACUGAGACGGGAAGCGAGCUUGGUAAUGGCAAAACGUUUCGAAUAAGUGCCUGA